AUGGGUGUUCCCUCAGGCAUGGAGAAGAAGCGUUGCACCAGCCCGCCUGGACACACGGCGUUGGCACAUUCGAAUGCGGCCACGCGUACGCACGCUCAUUAUAUCUGUGUGGCUGGCACUACGGAAGAUACCUCGUCGCUUUUAUCUCACCUGGACGUGCUCAAAGAGCUUGAUCUCAGGUUGGUUUGCUUGGGACCGAUCUCCACCGAUCGGGCUGAACCACAACCUCCCCACCCACUAACAAAGCAACCGGUCUACAACAAAAUGCUCAUAUCAAUUCAAAGUUGUUGGCAAUUUGACAUGGGAAUGGUGUUUCACGGCGAAGGAUUGACAUCCCAAGCGGAAACGAUCCCGACAUUCAGUCACUCGAUGGGCGACGAUGAGGAUUUGAGGCGCCACACAGCCAACCUCCCUGGGACCGCCGGGUGGUUUUCGCCGUCCGUCGUCGGGCAAAGUGAGAGCCAACACUCAAUUACCCAGCCACUGCCACCACCUCCUGCUCCUCUUCCAUCUACGGUGUCAGCGGGAGCCAACCUUUAUCCCGACUCAAUAGGUGGUUACUAUUGGCCUCUGAACAGCGCUUUCCACCACCAACACCAGGCGUUUAAACAUUGCCAGCAAUACCAACCGGGGAUGAACACCUUCGAAACCAGUAUGUUCACUAACCCUUAA